AUGCUUUUACAAAUUAAAAUAUAUUUGAUAUCUAUUUUAUAUUUUCUAGGGGCUCUCUAUAUGGUCUUGUUUCCACCAAGAAAUUUUGAACUGUCUGGAGCCAAAAUAAGGACAACACGAAGUACAGGUGAUAAUUUGAAACUCAAGAAGUAUGUUGACCACAAGACUUUAUCGUACGUGCUUGAUGGCUUCCGUCGACGAGACCCUGAAGUGGUAAAGGUUGUGCACUUGGCUCCGCAAACAUUUGAGAAUCGCAGUAUCUUGGCUGUAGAGCUGCGCAGCGACAGGCACACCAGAAAACCAGGCAUACUUAUUGUUGGAGCACUAAACCCGAUGGCGUGGGCAUCUCCUAAUGCAAUAUUGGAGUUGUCGGAGAAGUUGCUCUAUGAUGCGAAGUAUCAGACACCAUUCUUCAACGAUUAUGACUGGUAUUUGGUACCCAUGGGCAAUCCAGACGGCAUUGAAUUCACUCAUAACAUUCGCUCGCGUCGGCCUUUGAACUCCGUUGAUUGGACACAGAAUGUAUCAGUAAGGGCUGAGACUCGUCCAUCAGAAUGGCAUAAGAAUGUUGAUCUGGAAAAAGAACAAAAAGAUAGACGCUGUUUUGGGACAAACAUUAAUCGGAAUUUCGCUUAUCAUUGGCAAGAUGACGUUCAUAAAACUCCCACGCGGUGUUGCCAGUACUAUCCCGGUCAGAAACCAUUUUCCACCGCCGAAGCACAAGCAGUUCGGAAAUAUGUAGAUAAAAUGGGAGAUUUUAUCAAUUUGGCUAUACAUUUACACGCCAGUUUUAUACCCAAAAAGGAAUAUAUCCUGUAUCCAUGGCGUUACUCUUUACGUACACCGAGCAACUAUCGCACUCUACAAGACAUCGGUGAAUAUGCAGCCAGGCAAGCACGCCUACCGGAUGGACGACUGUAUGAGGUACACCAAAGCAGUAACGACGAGCGUGUUGCAGGAACACUGAUUGACUACAUCAGUGGUGUGGUAGGCAUUGACCUCGUAUUCCUCAUCAAGCCUUACCACGAAAUGUUUCCUAACUUCACGGACACAAGCGACCUUGGAGUGUACGUGAAGAAGUCUAUAUCGACGGUGCUAAGCUUGGUGCGCGCCUGGCGCAGUAGCACGAAGCAAAACACACUCUCCUUCUUCGGCAGAGAUGUCGAGUUCUGA